UAAGUGAUAUGUGGAAGCAACAAAUAUUGCUAGGUGCUUCCGCUGAAGCUUCAUUUUACUUGUACAGACAGCAAUCCGAGAAACUCUAGUUCUUCCAAACUUCGAAAGUGUAUGCAUACCAUGGAUGCUAGCAGAAAAGGAUGAUUGGUUACCCCGAACGGUUGCUCCUUUCAUAUGGCUUAACCAAGAAUGUGUGAAUGAUCCCACCACUGUAUGCGAAGUACCCAUCUGCCAACCUACUGAAGGAAAAUACAAGACAGAAGCUAACAAGGGAACCUCCAGUGAUCAUUCACAACCCAAGGAUAAAAAACUCAAGAAGGCCGUGUCUAUUGAACAGCCAAUUGGUGAAUCCUCGGAUGCUUUAGUCUUUUCAGUGAGUUCCAAUGAUCCGUCUGCUGGGAGUACUGACAGGACUAUUCAAGAAUUGAGAACCCCUUUAUUGGGGAAUGGUGAACCACAAGACACUUUCAAACACAAGCUAGAGGAGACACCAGAGAGUCAAUCACCAUCACCAUCACCAUCACCAUCGAGGUCUACUAUAUUGUUGGAUAAAGAGAAUCAUACCAGUGAAGAAGAUGAAUCAAGGCGAAAGAGAAUGGGGAGAAAAGCAAGGAUGCUUGAUCUGGGGAAGAAGAUGGGGGAGAAAUUGGAAGAAAAGAGGCGCCACAUUGAGGAGAAGAGUAGAAACAUCGUUGAGAAGAUGAGAGGACCAUGAAAUGGCCGGCGUAAGAGACAUAGUUGCAUUGUUGAUAGUUGUUGCAUCAAUUAUUUGUAUAUUUUUUUCAGUUGUCUAAAAUGCCUUGAGUACUGAAAUCUUUUCUUAUUCUUGCAUUAGGAGAGAAUUUACCUUAUGCAUUAGCUAACAUUGUAAGCCAAGUUCUUUUAACAUACCAUCACCCCCAUGCGAGAUUUUGACUCCUCCCCUGGAGAAAUUAUAGAAUGGUACUGUAUCAC